AUGGCGAAACUAUUCAUUGGAGGCCUUGCAUGGCACACCGAAGAGACAACUUUACGGCAGAAGUUCGAAGAGUUUGGUCCUAUUGAGGAAGCAGUUGUUGUAAAGGAUAGGGACACAGGUCGAAGCCGUGGCUUUGGUUUUGUUCGAUAUACUAGCGAGGCUGACGCCGAAAAAGCCAUUGCUAGCAUGAACAAUGUCGAGUUCGACGGGCGAGAAAUUCGCGUCGACAAAGCCUCGGAUGCAGGACCAAAGAAUAGUUACGCCCGAGGCAGCUCAUAUCCGGCCCGGGGUGGAUAUACACAGCAGCCACAGAUGUAUGCAUCUUACGGAGUUCCAAAUGCCGCGGUGAUGUACCCACAGACGUCUUACGGCAGGGGAGGCUAUCCACCACAGAUGGUCGCUUAUGGCACGCCUCCGCCACAAGGCUAUGGUAUGCCAGGACCGUACGGCUAUCCAGAGCAACAAGGUGGCCAACAGCCUCAAGGGCCACCCCGAUACUAA